AUGGCAGAAACAUUCGUUGGUCUGGGUUUGCACGUUGUUCUCGCCUCUGGCACUUGGGUUGAGGGAGUAGUGUCGCAUAUUGAUCAACACACGCGGCUGCUUACUCUAAAGAAUGUCACUGUCGGCUCCAAUGGAAAUACUGAAAAGCGUACAAUAUAUGCUGUUGCUGGUUCAGAAAUAAAAGAUCUUGAAAUCUUACCCUCGCCAAAUCAAACAUCGCUACAACAACAAAGACCAGGACAGGUUACUGGGUCUCACGCUUACUUAACUGAGAAUGUCUAUACAGCCACUAAUGGGAUUACAACUACACCUAAAAAUAACGGCAAACUAGUAAAUUCCCAGCAAUCGAGUACGUUGCUGCAUAAAUCCCCACCUUUAGAUCCUGCUAUUAUUUCGUAUUCGCAAGCGCCCUCAAGCAUGUCCCUUAACUCGUAUUUAUUCUCAGGAUCUUCACCCCCUUACAACACACAAACAACACCUUCGCUACGUUCGUCCGAACAAGGAGAGCAGAAAGAUUCUGCAGCGUCUCCAAACUUUACGAAAUCGUCAUCAACGCCUGAUAAUGACUGGAAAAACGAGGAGGACAAAGAGCGUGAUGGUCUUGGAGCAUUAUUUAAUUUUAAUUCGACACCCAAUGGAAAUCAUUAUGAAGGAGAAGCGAGUGGUUUUGAGUCUGAUGCUCGCUCUCCCGCAAGACGCCCCGGACGUCGUCGCAUCAAUUACAAUAACCGUCGUCACAAUCACGAAUGGGCAGGUGGUGACGUAAAUGAUUUCAAGUCUGAAGAAUUUGACUUUCAAGGAAACCUAGACUUAUUUGAUAAAGCAGCUGUUUUUGCUGAACUUAGAGAGAUGGACGAGACGGCACCGGAAAAUCUUCUAGUCAAUCUAAACCGAAAUAUUAAUCAUCGUUCUAAUUCUCGUUACACGUCUUUUCGCAAUCGUUCCGGUCAAGUGAAACUAUCAGCGAGCGAGAAUGUGUUGGAUAUGUCUGCGCGUAAAUCGAUUUUUUAUAAUUCCGACGAAGACGAAAUAUCUAAUGAUGGUGAAGUGGAUUCUGAUGAUCCUUGGAGCAAAAAGAAAAAGGUCAAUGGUGUGAGCUCUCACAAGAGUGUAAAAAUAAGAACUUUAACUGGAGUAUCUUGUCCGAGUGUUCAACCAUAUCAGAUGGUCGAGGCUGAGAAGAUAGCUGCCAUUGAAACGGGUCCAAAUGAAGACCAAAUGAUCGAAAAUGCUGGUCGCAGUGCGGCCAUGAUGGUUUUGCAAGCGCUUGGUGGUUCGCGCCGUAUACAACCAAAUAAUCACAACGCCGCCCCGCUCGUUACGAUACUCGUUGGCAAUAACAAGACUGGUUCUUAUGGCCUUGCGACGGCACGUCAUCUUGCUAAUCAUGGUUGUCAUGUUGUCGCAUGCGUCGUUGGAAAAGAAAAAGACUUGCUCAAGAACGUUGCAUAUCAACAAAAAAUCUUGCUUUCGACUGGGGGCCGAGUAGUCAAAAGUGUUGCAGAGCUCCCGCAUCAAUUCACGAAUCCUGUCGAUCUUAUCGUUGAUGCCCUUCUCGGAUAUCAAUUCACUCUGCGAGAUAUUACAGAUGAUAGUGAUAGAAGGUUAAUAUGUAGUCUGAUGGAAUGGGCUAAUAUUAACAAGGCCCCAGUGCUUAGUCUGGAUAUGCCGAGUGGUGUCAAUGGGGCUACAGGUAUUCCAGGAAAUGCCGCGCACCAUAUCCAUCCGAAAUGGACCUUGUGCCUCGGUGCUCCCAAAACUGGUUGCAAGUCGCGUACAGUCACAGGUGAACUGUUCCUUGCCGAUAUCGGCAUCCCCCGAAUUUGUUGGAAGAAGGUUGGCAUCAAGGGAUGGG